AUGAUAAAAGUCAUACAAGCCAACAUUAAUAAUUCGAGAGCGGCUUUUGACCUGUUAAUCCACACCGCGCGAGAACGUGGGGUGGACCUGCUCGUCGUGUCAGAAUGCGGAAAAACCAAGCACCCCAAUAUGGUCAAAAGCAGGACGGGAAGGGUCGCGCUAAUAGGGACUAGCGAAAGCGCCACAAUAAACAAAGUGAACUCGGGAAGAAACUAUGUGUGGGCGGAUAUUGAUGGCGUAGUAGUGUGCGGAUGUUACUUUCCUCCCAACGACACCAUCGAAACCUUCGGAGAUGACCUGGACGAAUUAAUUAAAGACCUGAGGGGGCGAGGAAAAUCUUUUGUGGUGGCGGGCGACUUAAAUGCAGCAUCGACUGUGUGGGGAUGCGAGAAAACUAAUAAAAGGGGAAACAUGGUGGAAGAGAUGGCGGCGGUAAUGGACUUGAUGGUAGUCAACGAGGGUAAUGCGCAUACCUUCGAGAGGGGAGAAAGCCGCUCAAUUAUCGAUAUAACGCUAGCAAGCGGGGGCUCAACCAACUUCAAUGUCCGUAACUGGAAGGUCGAAAAUGAGGAAACAUUGAGCGACCAUAAAUAUAUCAGUUUCAAUAUAGAUAGCGCAAAGCCGAGGCCACCAAAAGACCAAAACAAGAAGGGCUGGAAUAUUAAAAAGAUCAACGAGGAGAAGCUACGGGAGAGGAUGGGAUCGGAACAUAGGCCGACUACACCAUCGGAAUUGGAUGCCCUGCUGAGGAAGCUUGCAGACCACUCAAUGCGCUACACUAGGGCCGGAAGAAGGGGGCUACAUCAAAACGACCUCGAAGCGGAAGAUCUAGCGGCCAGCCGCAAGCAACUGAGGAGAGCUAUAGGAAAUAGGAAGAAGGAGUGCUGGCGUGAGCUGUGUGAUGAGCUCGAAAAGGACGUAUGGGGUAAAGCCUACAAGAUCGUCGUGGGGAAGAUGGGCCUGAGGGAGCGAGCUAUCGGCCUAGACUCGGAGGUUCAAGAACAAAUACACGAACUCUUCCCCCUACGGGAACGAAUAACACGGCAGCGGACGGAGGACGACCAAGACAGCUUUAGGAAAAUAGAAGAGGAAGAGCUCAAGGAGGCAGUUAAAAAAAGAGGAAAGCCCCAGGACCGGACGGCCUUCCACCGGAGUUUGUCGCGAUGGUGGCAAAGCAAGCCCCCGCGCUAUUUAUACCCGCUUUUGAGGCGGCAAUGA